AUGUUGAGAAGCAAUGAGGGUCUAUGUGGUUCUGGUGUAUGGGGUCCGAUAACCGAAGAUGGCCUUGAACUUACUCCAUGCGCUCGAGAAGUAAAUUUGACCGAUAUUUUAUUCAGCAUUCUUAAUGCUGCCAUUCCUAUAUGUAUUAUCAUUUUGUCUAUAACAAACUUAAUAGUUCGUCGAUGUCGUGGACGAACAACUAGUCGAAGUUAUUAUGCUCCUUUACCAGGAAAUGAUCCGGGCGCAUCACCAAAUGAAUCUGGAAAUAUACCGGUUUCGAAAUAUGAUAUUGCCCAAAUUAUAAUUUCUUUUUUUCAUUUGGGAUUUAUUGGAUUUCUUUUUGGCUGGCGGAUGGAUGAUGAGGGUUAUACUGGACUAUAUUUAGUGAUUGGUGCUAUAGGUCAAUUUUUUUCCUGGACUCAACAUGCAUAUCUAAGACAUCUUCUCUUGUUUUACGCGUAUUUUGUAAUAGUUGCUUUCAUUAAUCUUCGAUCAAUGCUCAAACAUGAACCGAAAGGUUAUGAAUUAGUGUUUUCAAUAUGGAACGCUAUUGCUUGUAGUAUAUUAUUAGCUUGCUCUCUUAAAAGACCAAGAAAUCCAGAGUUGAAAUAUGCGAGAGAUCGAGUAAUAUCUCAUGAUACUAUUGCUUCCCUAUGGUCAUUAUUAUCUUUUGCAUGGAUGACUCCGAUUAUCAAAUUAGGGAAUAGACGUGUUCUCACUGAGGAAGAUUUGUGGGAAUUGCCAUCAAGGUGCCAAUCGGCUCAAUGUUAUCAUGAAUUAGAAAGAAUAACCAAUAUGGAUCUUUUAUCACGGUUACUUGUUGCCAACGCUACAAAUCUAGUUUUUUUCCUUAUUAUCGCAAUAUUCCGAUCAAUCUUUGCUUUUACUACUCCUCUCUUCCUAUAUCAUUUGUUAAAGUAUCUAUCAUCAGCAGAUCGUUCGCAACAAUAUUCGGAAGAACCUUAUCUUUAUGUAUUUGGGAUAUUAAUAUCCGAACUCUUUAGAAUUGUUUUCUUAAAUCAAUUGAAUUAUCAAGUGGUAUGGCUUGGGAUUAGAGUGGAACAAAUGCUUAGUGUAUUAAUAUAUGAAAAGCAAUUACGUUUGAAGACGUCUCCUAGAGCUGCAAGUAAUAAACCAAACAAUGUGCUCACAGCAGAUGUCGAUGACAUUGCCGGUUUUUUCUCAAAUCUACCUUUUAUAAUUACGAUACCCCUCGAAAUCUUGGCUGCUAUGGUUUUUUUGUUUCGAUUGUUGGGCUGGCCUAGUUUAGUUGGUGUUGGUGUAAUGAUCUUAUGUCUUUGGAGUAAUAAAAGAUUUGGAAGACGCGUAACCAGAUUACAGAAACGGGUAAAAAAGGCGAGAGAUGACAGGGUCGGUGAAAUCUUUGAGCUUCUCCACGCAGUUCGAAUGAUUAAAAUGUUUGCAUGGGAGAGUAGCUUUCACGAAAGACUAAUGUUAUCUCGCAAAAGAGAGCUUACUUAUUUACGAAGUUUGUUUUGGCGCACCACGAUGCUUACAUUACUUGUUCACCUAACGCCGUUCCUCGUAACAUUAUUUGCUUUUGCUUCUUUCACUUAUUUCAAAAUAAAAGACAAUGAAGAUUAUCCCCUGACCGCUGCUAUUGCUUUUACAAGUAUCACAUUGUUCAAUACACUUAAACAGCCUUUACAGAUAUUCCCUAAUUUAGUUGUUGAACUUGUAAGCUUGGGUGUAGCCAUAGGAAGAGUUGAAAAGUUUUUACAUGAGCCUGAUGUACAAAGGGAAGGCUCAGGGUUUAGCAUAAAUCCUACAAGGACUUCCGUUGGGUUUAAUAAUGUUGAUGUUGCUUGGAAUUAUCAUAUAAAUGUUAGAGAUCAUAAUGAAUUUAUAUUAAAAGGUGUUAAUUUGGAAUUUCCUUUGGAAAAACUUAGCAUUGUCUGUGGACAAAAAUCAUCAGGGAAAUCUCUUCUCUUGCUUUCUCUUCUUCGUGAAACGUUUAUCUUACGAGGAAAAAUUCUUUUUCCUUCUUCAUCUAUUACGUAUGUUCCUCAGCAAGCAUGGUUGGAAAACACAACUUUUAGAGAUAAUAUUUUAUUUGGUGAACCUUUUAAUGAUGAACGUUACUGGAGGAUUGUUGAUUCUUGUUGCCUAACAAAUGACUUUGAGAAUUUUGAUCAAGCUGAUUUCACAGAGUACGAUGAAAAAAAUAUGGUUCUAUCUGAUGGACAGAAGGUUCGUGUAGCACUUGCUCGAGCUUUGUAUACUCGUCAAAUUAUUAAUAAUUGUCUUAAAGGUCCGCUGGUUCAUGGUCGGACUGUAAUAAUGGUAACUCAUUAUGUGAGAUAUUUUGUGGAUAAUGCAGCUUAUAUUGUUAUACUUGGAGAUAGCUUAGUUCAGGCAAAAGGUACUCCACAAGAAUUGCGUGAAGCUGGUUCGCUUACUGAAGAAGUGCUCGGAAAAGAAAUUAAACCGGAACCAGAACAUAUAGAUAAAAAUGAUCAAAAUCUUGUAAAUCAGGCGAUAGAGAAAUCAGUUGCUGACAAAAAAAAUUGGGCUGUUGAAGAAGCUCGUUUUCAAGGAAAGAUUCAACCUGGAGUUUACUACUUUUAUUUUAAAUCUAGCGGCGGAAUAAUACUAUGGUUUUCACUCAUCAUUCUAUUUAUAAUCAUACGACUUUUAACGGUAGGUGAAACCUAUUGGUUAAAAGAAUGGUCAGAGGCUGACGACAAACCGGAGAAAUAUUACAUCCAGAUAUAUGCUCUUAUAGCUUUAGCAUCCGCCAUCUUUACGAUUAUUCGUAUGGCGUGGCAAUUCUUUUUUGUUUCUCUUAAAGGUUCCAAGACUUUAUUUUCAAAGCUCCUAAAUGCUAUACUUAGGGCACCUUUGAGCUUUUUUGAUACCGCUCCGUUAGGCAGGGUAAUGAAUAGGUUUUCGAAAGAUUUAGGAAUGAUAGAUCAAGGUCUUGUAACUGUCAUUUCAAGUUUUAUUGGAAAUGCUAUAGGUGCAAUAAGUGUUCUUGUUGUUGUCACAGUUGUAACACGUGAAUUCUUCUUCGUCUCUAUUGUUGUUAUCAUUUUAUAUCUAAUCAUUGGAAGCAUGUACAUUAAUGUCUCUCGAGAAUUAAAAAGACUACAGUCAAUUACGCGAUCUCCUGUUUUAUCGUGGUAUACUGAAACGAUAACUGGUAUUACGACCAUCAGAGCAUUCAAAGCUGAGCAACGAUAUGUUAAAAAGUUUAUUGAAAGACUCAAUACAUCCAAUAGAACGACAUAUCUCUUGCAUAUGUCUAAUAGAUGGAUGUCAAUUCGUAUGGGUUGUAUUGGAGCUUUUGCAUCAUAUUUGGCAGGAAUAUUCAUUCUUCGUCAUUAUGAUCGCAUUGAUGCUGGGUUGGCUGGUUUCUGUUUAAGUUAUGCACUUGGUUUCGUACAAAUUGUGUUUAUGCUUGUUAAAGAUUAUACUAUUAUGGAAACAAGUUUGAGUAGCGUUGAACGAAUUAAAGAAUAUAUUGAAAUGCCACAAGAACCACCUGCCGUCAUUGAUAACGCACAUCCUCCAGCUGCAUGGCCGACCAAUGGUAAAAUUGAAGUUUCAAACCUAACAGUACAAUACUCACCACAAUUCGAACCUGUACUUCGAGAUAUUUCUUUUACAGUAAAUGAAGAAGAAAAAGUAGGAAUCGUUGGAAGUUAUAAAUGUAGAACGGGGUCCGGUAAAACAACGCUGGCUAAUUCGUUCCUUCGUCUAACUGAAGCGACUGAAGGAUACAUUAUUAUCGACGGUAUAGAUAUUUCUAAUUUGGGUUUAGAGGAUUUAAGGUCACGGUUAACUAUUAUAUCUCAAGAUCCCAUUCUAUUUGAGGGAACUGUUCGCUCGAAUCUGGAUAUUCGAUGUGAAUAUGAUGAUCAAGACUUAUGGGAAGCAUUGAGAAGAGUUCACCUUGUACAUUUUGAAGAGAGUUUGGCAAACGAUCAGGUUUUCGUCGUUGGACCAAUAACGAGCUUAGAAGAUCCUGUAAAUGAGGGUGGUAAUAAUUUUUCUAGAGGCCAAAGACAAUUACUUUGUUUAGCUAGAGCGUUAUUGCGACAAUCCAAGAUAAUUAUCAUGGAUGAGGCAACUGCCAGCAUUGAUCCAGAAACAGAAAAUAAAAUACAGGAAACUAUAAAGAACGAAUUUACUAAUGCCACAGUGCUAUGCAUUUCACAUCGCUUUAAAACCAUUAUAGAUUCGGAUCGAAUUCUUGUUCUGAACGAAGGUGAAAUAGUUGAAUUUGACACACCAUAUCGUCUUAUAAAUAAUAUGGAUAGUUUGUUUAGACAUUUAUGUGAGCAGACCGGAGAAUUAGAGACAUUGAUGGAAUUAGCAAGGUUAAACAAUCCAGAGGAAGAGGAAAUGGUAUCAGUUGGGGAAGAUGAUGAAGAACUACUGGAAAUGGAAAGCGAUGAAACAGAGGAGGACGUACUAGAAGAUCAACAUGAAUCAGAACAUGAAUCUGGACAUGAAGUAGAAGAAGAACGAGAAGAACAAGAAGAUCGAGAAGAGCCAGAGAUAAAUGCUAUAGAUAACGAUAAAGAUGAUCGAGAGGUUUUAUAA